CGGAAGUGGAAAUAGGAGGGGUGAAUGCUUGCCCGCCUCCAGGAAGUUUCCAUUUCGCCGCUUGUUAGGCCAGCGUCUGCCAAGAGUUGUUUCGAAGCGGGCGCGAGGCGCCAAGAUGCCAGUGGCAGUGAUGACGGCGACGAGCGGCGCCUUCAGUUACCGAAAGCUGCUGGAGCAGUGUGAGACUCAGGAACUGGAGGCCCCUGGAGGAAUAACCACCUCACCUGUUUAUGCUCAACUCCUGGCUUUGUAUCUUCUGCAUAAUGAUAUGAAUAAUGCCCGUUAUCUCUGGAAGAGAAUUCCUACUGGUAUUAAGUCUACAAAUCUUGAACUUGGUGCAAUUUGGGCAGUAGGACAGCGAAUCUGGCAAAGAGAUUUCCCUGGAAUAUAUACAACAAUUGAUGCACAUCAGUGGUCUGAAUCCAUUCAACCAAUUAUGGAAGCACUUAAAGAUGCAACGAGGCGGCGAGCGUUUGGAUUAGUCUCUCGGGCAUAUCCUUCCAUAAGUGCAGAUGAUUUUGCAGCCUUUGUUGGACUUCCUGUAGAAGAAGCAGUAAAAGGAGUUCUUGAUGAGGGAUGGCAAGCAGAUUCGUCAACUCGAAUGGUUAUGCCUAAAAAGCCAGGUCCUCAGGAGUCUACAUUUAAUAGAUUUCAUCCACUAUCAGAAUCUGCUCCAGUUCCACCAAUUCCUAAUGAACAGCAGUUGGCCCGAUUAACUGACUAUGUAGCUUUCCUUGAAAAUUGAAAACUCUGAUUACUCAUUCAUGAUAUGCUGUCUACCUUGAGAUUCAUUUGCAUUUUGUUUAUUUUGUUCAGUGUUGCAGUGUAUGCACUACAGUGGAACAUAAUUUUACAUUUUACCAUAUUGAUUUUAUUGGAGCAAGUCUUGUAAUUUAAUUCCCAUAAUUAAUUGGCUGAGUAUGUAGACUUAAAUAGCUCAUUGUGGAAGAAGUAGCUCCUUCCCAUUUGUAAUCUAUCAUAAAUUGGAGGAAGAGUUAGCCACUACCAUGGCUUAGCUGAAAACCAAACAUUGAAAAAGGCAAGGAAGACCAAAAUGCAGUCAAGUAAUGCUCUUAAAACUAAGUCUAUCAGAAAACAUUGCAGUGUCUUUGAUUAUAUAUUGCUGUGCAUUUACAAUGUGUUUCUGCUUUGGCUUGUUACACAUUGGAAUAUCUAAUGGCAGAUUUUGAAGGCUAUUAUUUUGAUAUACUUUAAAAGAUCUGUUCUUGAAUAUAAGCACACAUUAUAUUUGGAAGAUACCAAAAUAUGUAUUUGGUAGAAUAUAUGCAUGGCUAAUAGCUCUUGUAUUGUCCUGUUAACAUUCUGGUUUGAGACUUAAAAAACCAUCAGCUGAUUUCUCAGAUAGCUUGCUUGCAUUUAAACCAGAAGGUUUAGAUUGCCCUCUGGAUGUUGCUUGUGCUCACAAGAAACAACAUAUGGUUGCUGAAGCCAGUAGAUGAAAUGAUUCUUGAAUUUCAGUAGAACUUUUCUCUAUUGUAAUCUUGCUUAUGUGGGAAGAAACGACACAUUUUGCUUUGUCAUUAAUUUUUGUAAAGCAUGCUUCUAGAAUUGUGGGUUUUUCUUUCUCCCUUGUUCUGUCACUAGACAUUAUCAUUUAAUGAUCUGUUCAGAAAUUAUUGGUAUCCUUUGUAGUGACACCUCUCUCCUAGUGAGUUAUUACUGUAUGCUCUUAACUAUUUUAGAUGUGUUUGAGUGAAAAAGGGUCCUAGUUUCUGCACAGUUACUUUAAGAGUAUCUAAAGGAGUGUAACCAUUGAUUUUGCUAUUUAUUUGAAAACCUCAGAGUAGAUGGGAAGCUUAAUUUUGGUAUUAUUAAAAUAUAUUUACAUCAUUCUGGUCUAUUUUUAAGGUUAAUUUUUCUUCAAGAGAUGUAUUUAGGUUUAGCAUUACUUUAGCACUCUGUAUGAGUUUUUGUGUGCGAGUUUGCAGGUGUGAAAUUUAUGUACAUUAAAGAAUACUUGGUGAUAUUUUAAUGGUAAGAUCCUAACCAUGUUAAAUAUAAAUUUGUCUAACUACAAUGUAAGUAUGGAGUGAUGAAAAAGUAAGUUACAAAAGAUAGAGAACAUUUGUUCCCUGAGAAUAAAAAGGCAUUUAAGUAAUUUAAGUUAAAUAGAAUGUAGGGAUCUGUGUUAACCACGUGAAGCACAAUAGGAAUAGCAAAAACAAACAAACAAAAAAAACAGGCAAAACUAUAAGUAGUAAGAACUUGGAUUUAACACAAAUGUUAUACUGUUAUUUUUACAUAAUAGCUUCAGGCAGGAAAUGGUUAUAAAAACUAUUAUUGGUUAGUGUAGAAGGGGAUGGUCAUGUUUAUUUUAUAUUGUACAGUACAAGGAGGAUAUUUAUAUAUUGCAUGAUUGGAUAAAAGUGAUACAAAUAAAAUAGCUAUAUGUAGUGCA